GUGUUUUUCUGAUAUUGCGGUGCGGUUGACGUUUCUUUCCGUUUAUUUUUUUUGACAAUUUACAAAAACUAAUGGGCAAACGCGUGUGAAUAAUUAUCAAUGUUUACAUGUCUGUACUGACUAAUAUCGUAAUCAAUGCAAACGUUUCAAAACAGUGUCAUUAUGAACGGUAUUCUUCACAUGAUCCCAGUACCUUUUGUCUGUAAAACAGUGAAUUAGACGAGAUUGGUGUGGUGUUUGUUACUUCCCUCCUGUAAGGUUGCUUGUGGGACCCAACAGUGUGACCAGUGAUUGUUGUCGUGGCCGGUUUCCGUGGAGGAAACUUUCGAAACGUGAAUAAAAUAGUGGUUAAUGCUUGCAUAGCGAAUGCGGGCUUUGGUUGCAACGCAUUCCAUAGGGAAGCAAGGUGCCGCCAAUAAGCAUUUUACGGGAGACGAGCGGCGCGGGUGGCGGGGCGGGCGGCGGGACGCUGCUUGCCAUGAACGCCACCCAGGUACAGUGCGAGCCACACGACUCAGUCGUACUCAUCAAGUAUGAGCACCGAUCAGCGGGUGGCAGUUGGGAGGAACCCGUGAGCGCCGUGAGGAACACACCACUCAGGCGCUCGCAACGACUCAACUCCACCCUGGAUUCCAGGAGUACGGGUCAGCUCCGCAACACCCUAAGUCGCGCCCGUGAGCUAUGCGAACGCUGGCGCAGCGGUGGCGCGACGCCGACUCCACCGGCGCCGCCGCCGGACGACGAGGGCGGGGGACGUCUGGCUCGCUGGUUCAGCGUACGGCGGGGCUCUGCACAUCAUUACGACAUGCACACCCAGGAGUCGGACAAAAUGCCCAAGUUACCAGAGCUCGAGGAGGAGUUGUUCUCGUGCGGUGGCGAAGUGCGCGGUGGUCGCGUACCGCCGCCCUCACUAGGGCCGCCGCCUGAUUGCCUCACGCCGGUACAGCUACGCCGUCGGCACGUGGUGGCGGCCAUCAUACACAGCGAGAACUCUUACGUGGCCACUCUACAACGGCUAGUAAACGACUACAAGAAACCUCUAGAAGAAAGCAGUCCGGCUAUACUGAAUGCGAGCAAGAUCCAAACGUUGUUCCAUCGGCUGCCAGACAUCCUGCAAUGCCACCUGCACUUCCGCACCGCGCUAGCAGACUGUGCGCGCACGUGGGACCGCGAUGAAAAAAUUGGCGAGGUCUUCCUUAGUGCGUUCUCAAAGGCUGUGGUGCUGGACGUGUACUCGGAUUUCAUCAACAACUUCUCUGUGGCCAUGGAACUUGCUAAAAUGGAGUCGAAACGCAAAUCGGCUUUAGCAGACUUCUUCAAAGUGAAACAGAUCAGCGCGCACGACCGGCUGUCAUUCUUCGGUCUGAUGGUUAAACCUGUGCAGCGAUUCCCGCAGUUUAUUAUGUUCUUACAGGAUCUAUUGAAGCAUACGCCACCUGGACAUUCAGAUCGUGUUGCUCUACAACGAGCUUUGACGAGGUUAGAAGCCCUAGCUGAAGCACUCAACGAGAGGAAACGAGACGCUGAAAGGACGCAAGCGUUCCGCGCGGCGCUUCGACGGCUAACGCGCGGCGGCGUUGCGGGCGCGGGCGGUGCGGGCGGCGCCGCACGGUUCGGUGCGGCGAGACUGCUCGCGUCGCGCGCCGACAAGAGACAUCUGCUCAGGCAGGACGACUUGCUGCAACUGGAAUUCAACCAGGGUGGUGGCAUAUCAAAAUGCAAGCCGCGCCGUCUGCUGCUGUUGAACGACCUGGUCGUUUGCGUGUCAGUGGGCGCCGGCGGCGAUGACGCCGAACGUCUCGGCCUAAAGUGGGCGCAUCCUGUACAAGACGUGGACGUUUUGGACACGGGCACAUCGCCCACGCUCAGUCGUGUGCUCGCACAAGGCAUGAACCGCAGCGGCAGUCUCCGUUCUAACUCCAGUACUAACGGUCACAGUACGACGACUAGCGGCGAUUCUCUGUGCAACGAGAUGUCAGCUCUGAUGCACGACUACGAAGCGGUGUCGAGGAUGGCGGAUCUGGCCGCUUCGUUACGGACCCCUUAUCCGGAACUAGCUCCGGAUAUGUUCCGUGCUCUGUUACAGAACAUACAGCGGAGUAUACAGAAAAAGGACGACGAAAUGGCGUGGGUGGACUCCUGCUGCCUCCAACUGACCAUCCGUGGUCGCGAGGAGCCGGUCACGUUCCGUGCCAGCGAGCCGGGCGCCCGCCUAGCGUGGGCCACGGAACUGAGAUUGGCCCAGCUGGCCCAGGCGUCGGCCAACACGCCCGCGUGGAGGAUGCCGGCGGCCCAAAACUCGCCCGCCCACAAGAUGCCGUUGUUCGUCACCGCUGCGCCCGUAUACUCGUCCGCUCAACUCACCGAGGUUCGGUGUGGCUGUUUCUAUACGUCAAGCGGUAGUCCUAGGGGUGGAUCGACCCGUCGAGCUCGUUCGCUGCUAUGGGUAUGCGCGGGUGGUGGUAAUGAUAGCCAUGUGGCUGUAUUAGCACAUCGAGCGGCCAAACUGAAGACUCUUGUGACAUUGGACCUUCCCGCUACCAAGGUGACGUCAAUGGAAUACGCCAAAGGUCUACGACAAGUGACCACACUGUGCGGCGACACAGUGUGGCUCGGCACUGAAGACAAGAAGAUAAUCAUAUUCUCUGGCGUCGAGCCAGAAAAACAAGAGAAACUGACCGAAGUACAAACAACCGCCGCCGUUACGCAAAUAAGGUACCACUGCGAUUCCAUUUUCGUAGGUCUCAGCAACGGUAGAGUUUCCGUGUUCAGAAGAAACCACGAUGACUCGUGGGCUCUAAACGAACCUCUAGCGAUAGAACUGGGAGACAAACCGGUACAUUGCGUGUUACCAGUCGACGGUAUCAUAUACGCGACUUGCGCUCGACGCGUUUUUGCAAUCAACGCAUUAACAGCAGAGAUAAUACGUAUACUUGAACUCAAAGGUGACAACGAUCGCUCGGUUAGGUAUCUCGCUCAUUCCGGCGUCGGUCUUUGGACUGCCUUCUCAGAUUCUACUUAUGUGAGUUUGUAUCACGCGGAAACUUUCGAGCAUUUGCAGAAUAUCGAUAUAGCAGCUGACGUGGCGAAGACUAUAGGAGCAAGGGAAGGAAGCAAGCCGGCAUUUGUGUCCGCUUUAUUAGCUUGCCAAGGUUUAUUAUGGGUGGGCACCACCGCUGGAGUCAGUGUGACCGUGCCUUUACCGAAGCUAGAAGGAUUGCCUUUAGUCGGUGGUCACAUCGGUGUUUCGUAUCACGCGCACGCCGGCCCUGUUACAUUCCUAUUAUCUUUAACCCCGGAAUCGAGAGAUAUCGAUGUAAACGUUGUGAGACGGAACUUGUCUAAUGCUCGAGCUCUCGCCGACACGUCCACUCUUCACGAAUUCAAAGAAGACGAAUCGAAAGAGGACGGAGAGAAGCCGAAACUAGAAAGGCGGAUAUCCGAAGAGACCAGCCCGUACCGCCCUCAAAGAGUACAAUCGGCAGUAGUACGACGAAAGAAACCCGGAGAUGUACGGCUCAGCAAAACUUUGCCCAAGUGCGCGAAUCUAAACGCUUGCGAUGUAUACGGACUGUUCGGCGAUUUAAUGUUCGUGAAAGAUUGCGGUGAAGCGGACGUGAGCGGAUCAGGGGGGGAAUCUUUGCGACGGAGCGAUCCAGAACUGGCGGCGAUCCCGUUUAGGGUGAGCACGCUCGAUCGCCGACUACGUAUGCGAGCCGGACGGCCGAGAAGUCUUGACUUGUCCAGUUGGUCCGUCGAUUCUAGAGCUUCGAGUCUUUGCACGUCAUCCGGCAGCGAGGAGUCUAUGGCUUUAAGAGGCGUAUCCAGAACUAGUUCGGGUGCUUCUGGAGCGGCGAGUCUCGCUCCAAUAGCCGUUUCCACCCCAGACUCCUCAUCUGGCAAGUCGACAGCUUCCGACAGGUCAAUAUCACGAAGCGACUCUGCGAAUCAGGAGACGAAAUCCGCUCCAAAGAAUGCAGCUAGGAGUUUACGGGGCGCCGAUUAUAUAUUAAAUGAAAGCGCAGCUCGACGGUCUGUUGUGACGAUAGUCGGUGGACGAGGAUAUGUAGAUUGGAGACAGACCGCUGACGCUGCAGAAAGGCCAGUGCCAGCUGCGGAUCCAAAUCCGAAAGACGCUCAUCUCAUUUUAUGGGAGAUGCGCUUGUGACCUGUGACGUCACAAUUCAAUAAACGUACGCGCGUAAUCCUUUACGCUAGUGUUGUUGGCGGAUCCAAACUCUAGAUCCGCUUAUUACUGUGUCAUAUUUCAUUGCGUCAUGUAAAUAACGGUGCGUCCUAAGACUUUGUAAAUUUUCUCAAAGGGCUAUUAUAGGGUAGGUAUAUUAGGUCAAUAUCGUGCUAAAUAAUGUAAAUCUGUUAAUUUUAAUAUGCCUUAUGAUGUUGCGAUAGAUGUACGUUCGCAAAUGAUAAUAAAGUUUAAUUUGGAACGUGAAAUUUACACUGAGUGUAUUUAAUUGUGAUGAGCUUUAAAUUAUUUUUCGAUGUUUCGGGCUUGGCUUUUGCAUUUCGCCCACUGUUUACAUUGGUUUAUAUUGUAUAAGCGCUGGUGCAUUAUUUUUGUGAUCUUUUAUAUACAAAUGUUACGAAUCUUUAAAAAUUUCCGUUAUAAUUAUAUAAAUACAAUAUACAAGACGCCUUAUCUGUUUUUACAACAUCAACUAACAAAUCGACCAUAUUAAAUUCAGAUGAUUGCUAUUUGUAAACUUGUAAUUAAACUUAAUAAAUAUUAUUCGAUAAUAAUGUAAUUUAAAGUAUCCUUAUUUCGCUAUAAUGUUAAUAUGAAAACUAGUGGCCUUAUAUUUUACAUUGAAAUUUCCAGUGUAUGUAUGAGUGGUUGUUUAUAUAAAUACGUUUAAGCUUUACUGUUAGACAUAAAGUAAUGUCGCUUUAAGAAUUUUAGACUGAUUUAGCUUAAGCGUUAAAAUGUAUGAUUAGUUGAAUUUUUUUAGUAUCUAGAACGAAUAAAUUAAUACGACACGAACGAAUUUCACAAUUGAAUAAAACGGGUCAAAAUGCCGGUGCAUAGUAAUUUGCGACUUAUUGCUGCGACGCUUGAGAUGACUUUCAAUUGUUGAUUGGUAACUAUUUAUGGAUCUCUUUAUCGACCUCAAACGUCGCACCAUUAACAGUAAGCUAUCUUAUGAAUUUACAUUACCAUAUAUUUUUUUAAAGUUACAUAAUUGUACAUGGUUGUCUGUUUAGUCACAAAGUUUAUGAUGUUUUAAUACUAUGUGUCCACAAUUAAACUGUUUUUUUUUUAAUAUUAGUUGUUACCGGUCAGUAUGCGUAAAAUGUACGUUUGCACAAAUCCAAAGAAUUAUCGAAUCAAACUAAUAGUAAUCUAAAUCGAAUGCUUCCGUUAACAAUCAGUUUUCAAUGUGCCAAAUUGUAUAUUAUCAGAAUUAUUGUUUAUAUUGUACAGAGAGAUUAAUUGCAAUUGUAGUAAUUUUUUUUUUCAAUAGUCACAGAUUGUUCUAUAACAAAUCUUUUAUAUGUAAUUCCAAGAAUAAAUUAUUCACGAAUAAAAUAUGUAUCCCAUCUGAUUUUAAACCUAUUUUGCUUUCAUGAAUGUUGUAUUAAAACUGAUUUCAUAUACGUAUUUUGCACUACAGAAUGUCACAACUUCUAUGUACUAAGGUGUAAAUAAAUUUAAGUUUAUAUGUAUACACCUGU